AUGGACCCGCUGGACACCCUGGCCCUGGCCGUCUACUCCGUCACCAUCCUGCUGGGCUUGCCCGCCAACACCUUGGUGCUGUACAUCUUCUACCGCCGCGCCCGCACCCGCCUCACCCCCAACCUCAUCUACAUGAUCAACCUCUGCAUCUCGGACCUGGCCUUCGUCCUCAUCCUGCCACUCAAGAUCCUGGAGGUGGUUCCACCCGGCUGGUCCCCACCAAGCUUCCUCUGCCCUCUCUACAGCCUGGCCCACUUCGGCACGCUCUACGCCAGCACCUGCUUCCUGACGGCGGUCAGUGCCGGGCGCUACCUGGGCGCCGCCUUCCCCAUCCGCUACCAGCUCUACAAGAAGCCCCUUUACUCCUGCCUGGUCUGCGUGGCCAUCUGGAUCCUGGUGGCCUUUCACGGCGUCCUGUUGCUCAUCCUGGAGACUUCGCUGGGCGCCAACGCCACCCUCUUUAUGGGCAACGGCACCGCCUGCUACCAGGAAUUCAGUCCAGAGCAGCUGGCCCUGCUAGCUCCUGUCCGCUUGGAGCUCUCCGUGGCCCUGUUCUUCCUGCCCUUGGUGAUCACGGUCUUCUGCUACGCCGGCUGCAUCCACGUCCUCGUCAAGUCCCGUCUCCACGAGCAGAAGAAGCGCCGGGCGGUGCGGCUGGCCUUGGCCACGCUCUCCGUCUUUGUGCUCUGCUUCGGGCCCUAUAACCUGUCCCACGUGGUGGGCUAUGCCCGCGGCGAGGACGUCUGGUGGCGCAGGGUGGCGCUGCUGCCCGGUGCCUGCAAUGCCUUCCUGGACCCGCUCAUCUUCUACUUCCUCUCCUCGGCCAAGGACCACGGCCUGGCCUGGGUGUGGCGCUCGGUGGGGCAGCGUUGCAGCUCCUUCCGGCAGAAGAUGACCAUGGGUCACAGGGAGGCAGGCAAGGGGCAGCCUGAGAAGGGGGCUGCAUCACAGGGAAGUACAGGCCCCGGGGUGGGGAGCUCCAAGUGA